AUCUUUAGCUAAAUAAGGUCGCAGCGUUACACCGUGCGAUUAUUGGUCGAACCUGUGUAUGUGUGCACGAACGGCUACUACUACAUACGUAACCUCAUUUUGGCUGUCACAGUCAACCUUGGUAGACUAUGUCAUGUUUCAACGUCUUGUGGGUUAAUGUCCACAGAAAACUCACAGAUCGAUCACUUUAAAACUAGUCCCUGCCUUGCCGCCUUCGGCGAGGAUGCCAUGAUUUUGAAAGUGGCUCUUCCUCUCAGCUUACCAAUUACGACACCCUUGAUGUUCGCGGAUAGACGUAUAAAGUUGAAUCCUCCAGAUUAUAGGCCACUUUUGACUGGAAAUAGCACGACUCUUUUCCUUAGCUAAAAAUAACCAUCGUAACGUCGUCUCCUUUUUCUUGCAGCUAUUUGCCAGCUGUAUUUACCUCGUGAAUUUGGUCGAAAAGUAACCUAGUCCUGAAUAAAGGAAAAUAGGAAUUUAUGAAAAUUCAAGCAUUUCAAUGCCGUAAUUUUUCAUUCUUGAUUUGGGAAAAAUCCACAUAUUGUCGAUUGGAAAAGAGUGCCGUUGGUGUAGUCUAGUCUCACGAUUAAAGCUCAAUUUCUUUCCCUUUAUUACACUUUGGCAAAGUCCAUUAGCGGAGCUAUUUUUGAUCGACACGUUUUUCAUUGUUUUGACGUGCCCAAUAUGGUUAGUAACCGUGUCGCAAUUUCGCACAUUUUCUCCGGUCGUCGAACUACCUGCUUAUUCUUGGGCAGUUUCCCUUUGACGCUCGCAGACAGGGCAACAUGAAAAACGUGAAUGCCAGCUGUCCAUUGCCCUACUGACCUCAAUUAGAUAUUCAGAUAUGCAUUGCCUCCUGAAGUUGUAGUAGACAGCUGUUAUCAGGUGUGUAUGUCCCUGUUCAAAGUCAUACUUUCACGUAGCAGCUAGUCCAUUGUAAGGAGUGCAUCGCUCAUGAAGUGAAACUAUAAUGCUGAUGUUAAUAGGAUAUUGUUUGGUAUUGUCUGUCUUUGGUUGGCUGAUUUUCUGGUACAUUAAUCUCAUCUGCACACCUGCCGACUUUCCGCCAGGCCCACCUGGAGUUUUGAGUUUCUUGACUCUUCGUACGCAAAAUGAACCUUUUUUGUCCAAGGCAAUUCAAAAGCUGUCGAAAGAGUACGGCCCUGUAAUUGGUCUAAUCCUACUUCAUAGGAAAUUCAUUUGCAUUUCUGGUCGUCAGGCAGCAGUUGAUGCAUUACACAAUCCAUUGCUUUUGGGUAGACCAAAGUCUUUUGAUUUCAGACUUCGUACCAAAGGACUAUGUCGAGGUGUGUUGAUGACAGACGGUGAAUUGUGGAAAGAGCAGAGGCGCUUUACAGUCAAACAUUUGAAAGAUGUUGGAAUUGGAAAAUCGUUUCAUGAAGGGACGAUUUUGGAUGAAAUUACCCAUGUUGUAUCCGAGAUUAAAAAUGUUGUGGAUUCGUCAAACGGCGGAAAUAUCAAACUGGAAAACCUAUUCACCACUGCCGUCAUCAACAUCUUGUGGAUUAUGGUUGCGGGUACCCGGUUCCAACGAGGAGACCCAAAAAUGGAAAAACUUGCGUAUUGUGUGAAUGGUUUUAUGCGUUUUAGCGACGGUGGUCCGACAGUGUUGAGUUUUAUGCCACCUUUGCGUUUCAUUGUUCCUGAGCUCAGUGGUUACAACAGACUGAUGGGAUUCAUUGCACCCAUACGAUCCUACGUCAAAGAAGAAAUCACAGAGCAUAGGAGAACUCGUCAACCCGAUUCACCGAGAGAUUUUAUUGAUCUCUACUUGGAAAAAUUAGAUGACAACAAAUCGUCUGAAAAUUCAACUUUUGACGAGGAGCAGCUGUUGGGAACGAUUUUCGACAUCUUUGUCGCUGGUUCAGAAACAACCAGCCACACUCUUGGAUUUGCUUUGCUCUUUAUGAUAUUUCAUCCUCAAAUUCAGACCAAAGUGCAACAAGAGAUAGAUGAAAUUCUUCAGGGAAGGCAACCUUCUUUAGCAGACAGGGGAAGAUUACCGUAUACGGAAGCUACCCUUCAAGAAAUUCAGAGACUCGGCCUUGUUGCGCCUCUUACUAUACCUCACGUUGCCCAAGAGAACACGAAAUGCCAAGGGUACGCCAUACCCAAGGAUAGUGUGGUAUUUAUCAAUCUUUGGGCCAUAAAUAACGACCCUGAUAUUUGGCCUGAGCCAAAAAAAUUUCUACCAGAAAGGCAUUUGAAUGCUGCAGGGAAUUGCGUCAAAUCGGAGCUUAUGUUCAACUUUGGCCUAGGUAAACGAAGCUGCAUAGGCGAAACUCUGGCGAGGUGCUCCCUUUUCCUUUUUUUCACGUGCAUCAUGCAACACUUUCGAUUUGAGUCUCCAAAUAUUAACGACGAAUUCUUCGUUGAUGAAGCAUUGCGACCUUCACUUGAACCCAUCCCUGGCCUAUCUUUGGCUCCUCGUCCUUGCAUUGCACGCGUGUCCAAAAGAUUGGGCUAUUAAUGCUUCUUUGUCGGGCAAAGAACAACAGCGUCGGUGAUUCAUUUCGGUGUUCUCCCGCACACGACAAACAAGAAAACGGGAUACCACAUUUGUCAGUAAUUCUAAUUCGUAAUAUAUUCUCAGCAGUGCUAAUGGUCAGUUCGACCGGGUUACGGGUGGUCUUUUCUCUACCCUCGAAAGCCCCAAAAUAUCUACCCCGAUUGGAUUGGCAUCCUAUUUCUUAUUUGGGCUCGGCUCCGGGUUAUGAGAACAAUAUCGGAAGGUUAUGGCGCCAUGCAAAAAGUUUUUUUUUUUUUUUUUUCAUAUUAAUAAUAAUAAUAAUUAUUAUUAUUUGUAUAAACCUUUUUCAGCUUUGCGACAGCUCUUUCCUCUAGCUAGUAGGUCUCGACUAACCCGGGACCGAGCCCUACUGCUUAUCGAUUCAGGUCAUGUGACCAUGAUGUGACUGAUAAUAAAAUAGCGGCAACGCUGCUCUAGUUUCGUCGUA